GGUUGGGAGCUGGCAGCACCGCUAUACGAAUUGGGUUUUCGUGUUUCUAUUCUAGACAAUUCUAGUUUAUGUGUAAAAAUAAUAUUAUCUAUGUUUUCAUUAUCGAACUCUUUUUUCAUUGUGCCGUUAGUGAACCUUUAUUUUGUAAAUAAAUUGUUUAUAUAAACAUUUAUAGUUCAGUGGAAGCAAAUCUUCUUUUUAAGUGUAACUAUAUCCGUAAUCAAUGCCCUACAUUUUGAUUAGAGGUAAUUUGGCCUCUUACGGACACAAAAAUCCUUGGCGCGUGUUAGUGUCUGGCUUGAAAGCGGAAGAUAUAGAAGAACUCAAGAGAUUUGCGUGCGGAGGUUACUGUGACAAUUCCACAAUAGUCUACUUACAACAUCCCUGCGUUAUACUGAGUGCUUUAGAAGUUUUGGGUUACAAAGUAGUUGCUUCUAGUUCAACAGCAGUUAAACAAGAUUAUAAUGAGUAUAUGUGGACAAUGAGAAAAGAGUUUUCUGAACCAGAACCUUCAAUUAUUGUUGAGCAAGACAACAUCACCAAUUUUAGUAAAGAAGCAAUGCACUUGAGCAACUACCACUCAAAUAAAGACGACGAAGUUUAAACAUUACUUUACUUCAAAAUAAAACUUGAUUAAGGUAUUAAUAAUAUGGAAUCAAAAGGCAGCCAGAAUGUUUUGAGCAACUUGUUAAAUGCACCAAUUGCACCAAUAACUGAAGAUGGUGUUGUUUACAUUGCAAUAAAAGGUUCUUUACAUGCAAAUGACAGUUCUGUAUUUGGACUAGGUGAAGAAGAAAUAAAAGCUCUUACAAAAAAGUACCCAGGAUCCGGAGUAGUUGUUAAUGGUGUCUCCAUUAAAGCUAAUGUACUUGAUGCUAUAAACUCUUUAGCUCAACUUGGGUACAAGGUAGUAACAACCACGGGAGAUACCGAAAUUACUUGGACAAUGCAACGUGAACUGUGAACUUUACAUACAUUAUCAGAUAUAUUUUACUUAGUACUGUUCAAUAAUUAACAAUGUCACACAAAAAUUGUGAUCAUAAUAAUUGUGCAAUUGUUAGUACUAAUUCCUCAGUAUGUCAAACAUUGACAGAAAUGGAUUGGGAGAGGGGCUUGUGGUAUGCAGGUAAAUUUGUAAACUUUUUUCCCCUUCAAAACUAUUCCAAUAAGUAAAAUUUUCUCUAUAGUGAAACUACCUCAAACUGAUAACUGCAAGUGACAGAUGACUUAUUUGUGUAACAUUUUUGCUAUUGAUAUUUAUAUAUAUGCCAUAAUAUGGUUUGUAGUGAUGUAGAGCUGUUGCUGUAAGCUACAAUCUGUUUGGGCAUGUUUAAUCACAAAACAGCUAACACAAUUGUAAUUUUUAUAGCAGAUAUACCAAUAAUUGCUUGGGUCACAAUAUUUACUGUGAUAAAAAGUAUUGUAUAAGUUAAUUCAAAUUACAUAUUGAGGGGUCAAAUGUAGUCUGAGCUAUUUGGUUUAAGCAACAUUCAUAUGCAACAUUUGUCUUUGUAGUCAUAGUUACCGCCUUUGUAGUUACUAUUUGCAUCAACAAUUAAACGUUUUUAAUUGAAUUUAGAUUAAGUUUACCUCAUUCUAAUAACUGAUGUUGUUUUUUUGUUUUGAUAUUUUUCCAAAUUUUAAGCUUAUGUAAGUUAUGUUCUUGCUGUAUUGUUUCAAAAAUGUCGCUUUAACCACAUAAAUAGCCUUUGUCCCUCAUUAUUUUCUUUCUGCAAAAUUUCAUCCAAAUCCAUUCAGUCAUAUUUUGUGACUGAACAAACUUUCACUUUUAAAAUGGCCAAUAAUUAGUCAUUUCUUAAAAGAACCUCUGUAAUACCACAGGUACAACUAAGCUGUUGCCUAUAUAUACACCUUAGUAAACAGAGCCCCUUCCAAAGCCACUCACUCCUUUCAAAUCUAAAUCAAUACUGUGAUUCUGAGUAGUAAUGAAUUGUAAUUUAGUGAGACCUGUGCUAACCAUUAGAGUUCUGAUAAUAGGAUCAUCUCAAUCAAUUCCCCUCCGCAGGGCAUCAAACAUUUGAGUUUAUUUAAAAUCAGUUUGUAAUUGCUUCAUAAAUUAAUUAACUUAUUAAUACAUUUAGCAUUUCAUGGGGACAAAGACAGAGUUCAGUAUUUGAUUGACAAAGCAAACAAUGCCAAAGAAAUAGUCAAUGCUCCUGACAAUUCUGGCUACACAGCUUUACAUUAUGCUGCUCGCAGUGGACAUUUGGACAUCUGCAAAAUAUUGUUACAAAAUGGGGCUAACAUUAAUGCAGUGACCCACGGAAAAGUGACAUCUCUCCACAAAGCUGUAGCUGCAGGUAUUUAGUGAAAAUUUUUCUUCUUGGUUUUUUUCAGUUGGGUACCAUGGGCAAGUUAGUGGGUUUUUAUCAAAUUUGUUGUGCCAUAUCUACAGGAAUUGAAGCCCGAUAAAGACGUCGUGACCUACGGGAUAAGACAGGCGCUGCAUUUGUAUGUAUCGAUGCAACUGUGCCGGUGAACAAUACCCAAGGGCAAUUACCAAUUGUAUGAUGAAAUGCGUACUUAAAUGUUCAAGAUUGACUUUCACAUUUACGACUUACGUAGGUAGGAGUGGGUAUCACCAUCCUGCCUAUUUCUGUCGUGAGGUAGUGAUGCGUUUCGGUUUGAAGGGUAAAGCAGCCUUUGUACUGAAAACUGAGACUUGGAACUCAGGUUUCAAUGUGGUUACCUUGCUAGUAGUGUUUAUGGGCUCCAGUGACCACUUAACACCAGGUAAAAACAAUAUAUGUACACAAGUAGAAAGCAAAAUUAUUUUGGUAAGCUAAUAGUUAAUCACGAAUACACAAUUUACCGCUGGCAACUUGUAAACACCCUUCAGCCGGUUUUAUACAAGACCGAGGUUGUCUGGCAUCAGCAGUUUUAUUUUAUUUGAUAUGUAUGAAGGGUAACUAGUGAAUCUGCACUAGUACUAGUCUUUUGCAGCAACAUGACAUGAUUUUUAAUGAACUAAACUAUGGAUUUCAUUGAAUGUUUUCGUCAUUGCAGACAUUAACUAUAUUAUGUAUGAUGUUAAAUUACAUUUUAUUGGUGAGAGGGAAACUGCCUAUUUCUUAUAUAGUGAGUUCAUAAAAUAUUAGCUACAUACAAAAGCAACAUUUAUUCAUGCUUUACUUUACUUCCAUUACUGUAUUCCUGUUUCGGCUUCAAGAACAAAUUCUGCACUCUGUAUUAUUAAAAUGAAGAUUUCUAUGAACAUUUAACUAUUCUUAGUAUUAAAUUCAGAUGAAUAUAAUGUAAACUGCCUGUUAACAGUAUGUAAUGGUACUGUUACGAGUAAUAAAUAAUUUUGAAUUGCCAAUACAAAUGUCAUAAUAUCUAAAAUGGUAUAUUUAUUUAAUAUUUAUGUUAAUUUUAUACUAAUGUAUUAUAUUUUAGGUGAAGUGUUUGUAGUGAAAUACUUAAUACAAUCUGGUGCGAAAAUAGACUUGCAAGAUAAUGAUGGCCAAACAGUUCUUCACAAGGCAGUUGAAAAUAAUAAAUUGGACCUGAUACCCAUACUGCUUGAUGCUUGCCCUGAUCUCAAAUUAAUAAAAAACAAUAAAGGACAUUAUGCUACUGAAUUUAUUUCAUGAAAAAAUCAAAAUGAAAAUUUGUAAGACCAUCUAGACAAACUCUAAUAUUAGUCAUUUCAUUUUAAAUAAUAUACAUAGUUUAAAUAAACUGUGAUUUAUGCUAUGUUCAUAAAUAAUAAUAUUGAGUACUAUCACUUCUAUUACUUAGAUGUGUAUCUUGUUUUGCAUUUCAAUUUUAUGCUGUUAAAUAAUAUUCUAUUUUAUUUUAGAAAUUAAUAAAUAAAUUACCUAAUUUAUGAUUUUUAUAAACUUGUUAGUACAUUCAUUUGCGAACUUUGUUAUUAUGAUUUAAAAAAAUCUGCAUAUUUAUGUAGAAAUAUUUUUUUAAAUAAAUAAAACUAAGUAUUUGUGAAUGUAUAUUCGUAACUUUCUUAAAUUAUUUAUUAUAAUUACUUAAUAGGUUAGCUUUAAAACUUACAUAAUAGUUACAUAUUUCGCUCUUUUUAACUUAAAUGUCUUUAAAACAAAUAUUUAAUCUAAAUGUCAUAUCAUUUUUAUAACAUGUAUUGAAUUUAAUUAGAACUUUUAUCUUAAUAGUACUAGUAUACUUUUUAAAUUCACAAGGAUCCCCAACGAUGAUAAAAAACCUCAAUAACGUAAUCAAGUGUAUCAUAACAAACUGAUUCAAUUAUUUCGAAUAUAUAUUAUUUAAUACUAUGUAUCACUAAGACUAUGUUUACCCUAUGAAUGAGUUUAAAUUAUCAUGUAGACACAUUUGAGAUCACACAAAAAAUAUUUUUUAAUCACAUACACUUUUGUAAUAUUUUAAAUAAAUUUAAUACAUACUAUUAA